AUGGCUAGCAAUGAAAGCAAAUACAUGCUUGUCCCUCAUAAACAUAAAAUCAAUUUCUACAAAACCACAAAAGUUCGUGUAUCCAAUGAUUUUGUUGAUACAAUAGAUCCUUAUCAUUUUAUCUCUUUCCCAGAUUUGCUAGCCAGGAACUUUGACACUCGUGUUGCAUUUGAUUUUCUAGGUGAAGUUGUGUCAACUGAUCCCAUGCGAGUCAUUGUUGAGUAUGGAAGAGAGAAAAGGUUAAUGAAUUUGGUUGCUCAGGAUUUAAGUGGUACGAGAAUUGCAGUCGCUUUGUGGGGCAGUUUUGCAAUGAAGCUGAAUACUUACAUUUCACAACAUAAUAAUGACACUGCUCCUGUUAUUAUCCUGCUACGUUUGGCCAAACUCAAAAUUUGGGGUGGUCAGCCUCAAGUUGGUAAUUGUUUGUUUGGGUCUAGAUUGCAUAUAAAUGAUGAUAUGCCUCAGAUUUUGGAGUUCAAAUCAAAUCUUAAUGCUUUGGAUACGAAUGAAGUUGGUUUAACCAUUAUCGCUACUAUCAUUGGUUUUGAUAUAGAUGAUGGUUGGUAUUCAUUUUAUUGCCGUGAUUAUUCUAAAAAAGUUACUAAAAAUGAUGAUGUUGAUGCUGGCCCUUUUCACUGUAAUGGUUGUGGAUUUGUCUCGGAUGUAUUUGGAAAGAUUAGGAUAGUAGUUCGUGUGCAAGAUGAAAGUGGCUCUUCUUCGUUUGUAUUGUUUGAGCGUCAUGUAAAAGAUCUUAUUCAUCGUAGGAACCAAUGGUUGAUGGACAAAAUAGCUAAGCAUCAAGGGCGACAACAGAUACCCGAUGAGUUCAAAAUUCUUCUAAAUAAGAAGUUUGUCUUCAAAGUUCAGAAUUCCAUGUUCAAUCUGCAGAACAACUAUCGUGCUUACACUGUGCAUAAGUUAACCGAUGAUGAAAGGGUUCUUGCUGAGGUGACAAAACGGUCACCAAAUCAUCAACAUGAUAAUAUAAAUGAUAAUCGUACUCCUAUUCACAAGCCAAAUAAGGAAAAUACUAAUUCUGUGCAUGAUGACAAUCUUGAUAUUGUUGACCUUGAAGCUGUAACACCAUCAUCGGGUACGGGGAAGCGCCCUAUUGAGAUUGAUGCCAACACUGACUCUUUGGAGUGGUCUUCUUCAAAAACUUGUGCUGUACGGGAUACCUUGAAGAUCCCAAAGUUGGACUAA